AUGACACUCUACUAUCGCAUAUACACGCCGCUUGACCGGCUCAUCAACAGGAUAAAGCGCAAAGGCUUCUGGUUGUACUCCGGCCUCAUCAUCGCCUCUACUCUCUACGUCAUCUAUUCCAUAUCCAAUCUUCCCUCGAUUCCAGCAGAACCAAAAAGACAUGUAGAACUACCAAAAGAUAAAGACACAAAAGUAACAAAAGAUGUGAAGAAAGAAGCAAAAGGCGUAAAGACCGAACUGAUAGCUCCAAGAGAGAUAAACCCCGAACCAAUCAAACCUGAACCACAAGUGAAGCCAGAGCCUCAAUCUUCUAGCAGUAUUGUCAGAUCGUGGACCAAGAGAGAAUUGUUUGCCUACUUGGUGAGCAAUCGUGUUUACCCGGAUGUGGACGAGGAUAUCGACGCUGUACGACAGAAGGCAAUUGAGAUCUACGAAAGCAAGAACGCUGUGGCCACUUCGUAG